UAAGGUGAUUUAUUAGCAGUUGGCUAAGCAGAGAAGAAAAAGCAGAACAAAUACAUCCCUGCCCUGUCCUAACAGAGAAGGAGAGAGAAACUGUGCCUUAAAUCCAUGGCUGUAAUAAACAGUUAUUUGCUCAGCCACACAGCUGUACCAUCAGGAACAGAGCUCAGGGCUUUGUUUGCAUCAAUAACACUGAAAAAAGACUCUCAACACUGUUUUGCUGUAUCACCAUCCUCUACAUCCUGCUGCUGUGUGGUGUUUUGUUUUUUUUAAGGGUUUUGAGGAUCACAUUGGCAGCUUCUGGCUUAAAUGACUACGUGUUCCUCUGUCCUGGUAUCAUAAGCUGUCUAGCUGGCCCUGAUGAAAGAGCAUCCUUGGGGUACAUUUUGGCCCACUUCCUGUUGAAUAUGAAGGAAGCAAUCACUGGGAAAAUUUCACUAUAGAAUGAGGGUAACUUUGGGGACUCAGAGCUCCAUAAACGAGUCCUUGUAACAGUGCUGCACUGCUAGUCCAUGAUUAAGGAGCUUGUUCCAAAGUACACUGCCUUGAUACAAUCCUGGCAGAUUUUGAUGCGACUGGAGGUUGUUAGCCUAAACCACUUCUGAGUUCAGGGAGAAGGAAGAGUGGCAGAGCUGGUGCCCAGGGACUCAUGGAGAGAUUCCUUGAGCAGAGUCUUUUAACACGGGUCACAGUGGUCUCUGUCUUUGUCACCUCUGUCCUGCUCCUGGGUAAAUGCUUGUUGUCAUGGUGCCCCAAGCUACCCUGCCUUCGCUGGGUGGAACAAAGAGGCAGGCAGGGCACGCCGGACUCCAUCCCUGUGCCCCUUCCCAAACUGGAUGCGCUGUCUACUGUGUCUUGCCCCACGGUGACUCUGGAGGAGGUGGAGGGGUUUUAUCGGGAGCUGCACACUCCAACUGGGGGCAGGAUGGUGGUGAAGCAGCUGCUGAACAAGUUGCUGGUCUACGUAGGCAAGGAGGUGGACCACAGGGGUGAUUGUCUCAUGCUGAUGGAGAUGGGCAUCUCACUAGCCAUUCCACCAGGGGCAGUAGCACUGGGACAGACCAAGAAGGUCUCUUUGGUGCUCAUCUGGGACCUGUCGGAUUCUCCCCCGCUCUCCAGCUCGCAGGCCCUCAUCAGCCCAGUUGUGUACUGCGGGCCCCACGGUUCGGUGUUCCAGAAGCCAUGUCAGCUAGUGUUCAAGCACUGUGCAGGGAGCGUGACUCAAGCAAGGGCUUAUACUAGCAACACCGACCUCCUCAGUGCUAAGGCCUGGUGCCCCGUCCAGGACAGAGAGGAGCUCAAGGCAAGGACCACUAGGGAUGAAUGCCAGAUACAGCUCUCGCACUUCAGCCUCUACACCUGUGUCCUCGAAGCUCCGUGGAACGCAGAGGCUCGGAAGUGGCUGCAGCUGGCCAUCUUCUGCUCCCCGCUAGCUGCUGACCAGACUCACCUCCAAAUCCGCAUAUACUUCCUCAACAACACACCCUGUGCCCUGCAGUGGGCAGUUACCAAUGAGCAGCCCUUUCGAGGAGGCCUCUGUGGCCCAGUCCAGAUCUUCGAUUUCACUGGCAGGACCAAGGAUAUGUGCCUGGCUCUCAAGUACCUCUCGGAUGGUUGGGAAAACGUGGAUGACAGUAGCUGCCAGGUUGUCCCCCACCUCCACAUCUGGCAUGGAAGAUGCCCAUUUCGCUCCUUCUGUUUCCGGAGGAAGCAGAAUGAAGAAGGGGCUGUGCCUAGUGGUGAAAUCAUUGUGACAAUGCACACCUACCAGAGCGGCCUGGAGAAGAAGUACAUGGAAAUCUUGAGAUUUCAAGCCCCAGAAAACAGGUCACAGAUGACCCGAAUCUUCUCUUCCCCUCUUUGCAACAGAAUGCCCCGGGAACUCUUUGAGCAGUUGCAGAUGUUGCUGGAGCCAAACAGCAUCAGUGGGAACGACUGGCGCAAGCUGGCCUCCAGGUUGGGCCUGUGUGGUAUGAAAAUCAGGUAUUUCUCAUGCCAGCAAAGACCGGCAGCUGCUACCCUGGAGAUCUUUGAAGAGCAGAAUGGGAGCCUGAAGGAUCUCUACAACAUCAUGGUGGCCAUGGACAGGUUGGACUGUGCCUCGGCCAUCGAAAGCUUCCUGAAUGGGACAGGGAACAGACACUGCUGCAGUUUGGCUACCAGGCCCCUCAGAAAUGAUCACCAGCUGGUAGGAGACCAAGAGUCCCCAGAACAAGAACUGCAAGAACAAGGGCAACCUAUAGCAUGGUCCCCAGGGAGAAAGAUGCUGCCAUCAGAAGCUUAUGAAAACCAAGCCCUGGAGGUGGAAGAGGAGAAAGUCUGAGCUGCAGCAGUGAGAGCUCCCCAGCCUGUACUCGCCCUAGCCUAUUUGAAUUUUGGGGACAGAUUGCCUGGAAAGCAAGCCUCUGGACUGAGCAGAAGGGCUCUCCACCCUCACACUCCUAGCAUUGGGUGCUUGGGGUGUGCAGCAACUUCCUCCAUGUUGGCUGGACUCAGCUUCUCAAAGCUUGCAUUGGAUUCUUUUCUGGCAUUGCCAGCCAGUCUGGGUUUCCCUAUUACCUGGUGAGGGAUGGCAGUGCCUGGUUAUUUCCAACUGCAGACUUAAGGGUGGUGUGGUUUCUGAGGCUCAACAAGAAAGAGAUGCUUUUGGGUGCAAUGACUCACAGAUUCUUGCUUCCAGGUGGAAGACACAGGAGUCUAUGUCUGGAGCAAAGUGCCAUGUCUUUCGGGAAGGUACUGUUGUUCUGCUCAGAGGGGGAGAACUGCAGCAGUUCUCACAGGGAUGAGGGGAGACAGGCCAUCUCUGAACUGGGCCUCCACUCCCUUGCUGUCCUAGUUCCACUCCCAUAAUUAAAAGUGGGAAAGCUCCUCCCUGUGCUCACAAGGGAAAAGGUUAAUUCAGCAGUGAGUCCCUAGGUAGGACUUUGUAUGUGGCUGCAGCACUGUGUGAAAAGGCCUGUGCCUCUUGCAUCCUUCCAUCAGCAAGCUAGGGGAAGCACACGGGAAGUGACUGUGAUCCAGCCCUGGCAACAAGCAUAGGGAACAGCAGCUGUGCAUCACUGAUCCACAAGCAGGAGGCCUGGGAUUAGCCAGCCUGCUGCAGCUUUGAUCAAUGGGAUACCCUUAGGCCUUUUUAGGCACAGUGCAUGGCCAUUUAUGGAUUUCAUCUCUUGGCACCCCAGAAGGCUGGGAAAGAUCAUUAUCCCCAUUUAAAGAGAGUGAAAGAGAGAAAUGAUGCGAUUUGUCCAAGAUCACAGAAGAGGAGGCACAACUAGGCACUGAACCCAGCCCAACUGAGACCCAGUACUGCCUCCAAUAGUCCACCUUACCAGCCCUCCCCAAGAUAAGCUGAGUGCCCAGCCAUGGAUGAGAACUGCAAGAAAACCUUCAGGUACCACACACUCAUAGGAAGACUGGAACUGCAUACCUUUUAUUUUAAAAUAUAUAUUACAUAUCCUUUUAAAAAAGGAUGAUUUGCAAAUAGUUUUCCAGUUGGACAGUUCAGUGUGUUCCACAGGCCCCUCUUGCCACAGAACCAGCAUUGAAGAUGGGAGGGAGAAUUUAAAAAAAGAGGUGGGGAAAAAGUACCCCCUCUUAAGGGCAUACCUACUGUCAAAGCUCUUGUCCCUUUCUUCCCUCUGCCCGACUUGUGUGGGAGGAAGGCAGGAAUUGCAGGAGGUACUCUGGGAAGUGGGGUGGCCCUGGGUACCCUCUACAGUGGCUAAGUGGGGAGGGGCUCUGUGGAACACCAAGGCUUCCAAGAACAUAA